AUGUAUCCAAGCAAAAAGCCAACAUUAGACACAUACUACUAUUGAGAUAGGCAAAAAAAAAACAAAAUCUUCACUCUCUCCGAAAUGGCCAUACUUGAAUUCCAAUACCAGUCUCUGCUGAUGAUAACACCACUGCUUGUGGUUUGGUACUUAGCAAGCAGAAGAGGCAAAAAACCGCCGGAGCCUACAAUAUGGCCGGUUCUUGGGAUGCUGCCGGCGGUUCUUCUAAAUCUGCGGCGGAUACACGACUAUGCGACGGAGGUCCUAACCGCAUGCGGCGGCACUUACCGGUUCUUAGGGCCGUGGUUCUUCAACAUCGACAUGCUCUUCACCUCCGAUCCCGCGAACAUCCACCACGUUUUCAGUAGAAACUUCUCCAACUAUCCAAAGGGCCCUGAGUUUCGCAAGAUCUUCGACGUCCUCGGCGAGGGAAUCUUCGGCGCCGACUUCGAGCUCUGGGAGAUUCACCGGAGAACCACUAUGGCGGAGCUCAAACAUACCGAUUUCAACGCCUAUCUCGAGAGGACUGUGUGGGAUAAAGUGGACACCGGCCUUUUCCCGAUUCUCGAUCAAUUUUCAGGAGGGAAUCAUUUGGAUUUGCAGGAUGUUUUCCAGCGGUUUGCUUUUGAUAAUAUCUGCAAAUUCGUGCUGGACUACGACCCCUGCACUUUGCGCACCGGCUUGCCCUUUUUCCCUUACGAGAAGGCUUUCAGCACCUUGGCGGAGCCGCUUCUGAGGCGGCACAUAUUGCCGGAAUGGAUGUGGAAGCUGCAGAGGUGGCUCGACGUCGGAGACGAGAGGACCAUCGCCAAGGCUAAAGCCGCGUUCGAUGACUUCAUCUACUCACAUAUCACUUUCUCCCUUAGCAGUGAUAAUAAGAGGAGUGUCUUGGAUGCGUUCGAGAAGGUGUAUAGAGAGAAGAAAUCAGUGGUAAUCAAUGGCACUCUAAAAUCGUUCAUCAAGGAUACCUCGUUGAGUUUGAUGUUUGCCGGGAGGGACACGACGAGCACGUGCCUCACGUGGUUGUUCUGGCUCAUCGGUCAAAACCCUACCGUGGAAGCGAAGAUUCUAGAAGAAAUGGAAGCGGAGCUCGGUGUAAAGAGCAAGUGGAGGCCGUUUUCCGAGGAGGAGUCGCAUAAGCUAGUAUACCUGCAUGGAGCGCUCUGCGAGUCGCUGAGGCUGUUCCCGCCUGUGGCGCUGGAGCACAAGGCACCUGUGUCGCCUGACAUUCUACCAAGCGGGCAUUACCUCCCGCGCAACGGGAAGCUCAUCAUAUCGUUUUAUUCGGUGGGGAGAAUGGAGAGUGUUUGGGGGAAAGACUGCUUGGAGUUCAAGCCGGAGAGGUGGAUUUCUCCGAGUGGGAAGAUCAAACAUGAGCCGUCGUAUAAGUUUCCGGCAUUCAACGCGGGGCCGAGGACUUGCUUGGGGAAGGAGAUGGCGUUUGUGCAGAUGAAGAUGGUGGCAGCGGCGAUACUCUACGGGUACAAGGUGAGACUGCGCGAGGGGCACAAGGUUUCUCCACGGGACUCGAUAAUUCUGCAUGCUAGGGAAGGAUUGAAGGUGUUGUUGUCAAAGAGAAAUUGAUGGGUAGGGUGUGAACCAAUGAUUACAAAUUAAGAUAAGAUAAUACAGACUGUUAUCUUUUGCUUUAUCCAACUUGCAGUUGCAGACAACCAUUGUGCUUGUAUUUGCUUCAUUUGUGUAUUUUCUUCUUUUCUAGUAGUACUAUUUGUAUUGCUGCUUAGUGUACAAAACCAUUGAUUUUAUGUAAUAAACACAUUAUUCACUUUUACGGAUGAUAAA